CGUGUACCAGUGGCAUUCUAUUGUGUCUUAGGCCUUUGGGGCUGGGAAGUCACACCUGUACAUCUCCUGCACUUGACCUGAACAGCGCACAUCCACCUGCUGCCUGAUGGUGUGGAUAUCUGCAACAAGCCGGUAGACAAAACCGGGCGGAAUAAAUGAAAUGAGGAUUUUCUCUCUGAGAUUCGGAUGUCUGCUGGUGUUCGCGUGUUUUGCGUCGUUUACUUGGAUCAAAUCAAUCCCCGGUGAUGUAGGUUCCACAGUAUUGCCAGAGCUGCAGACUCUGCACAAGCGUCUGUUAGUAGCUGAGGAGCUGGGAGGGCAGGUUAGCAGGGAUCUCAGCUGCAUCCUGGAACAGCUGAGGAACAUCUCUAAAGCUGCCAACAUCACGCAUCUGACCAGUAACACCACCACCAACACCACCCCCACAGAAACAAUAAGGCAGCCAGGUGGUUCAGACCGACAGUUGUUCCUCCUGCCCAACAUUUACCUCUUCAUGCCCCAUCUCAGACAACAUCCCGGCAGUCUCCUACCUAAUGUAGUCGUAGGAAAGGGCCGCCAUGGAGUGUCCAUUGUGAUUGGCAUUCCUACAGUGAAGCGUGAGAUGCAGAGCUACCUGGUCAACACACUAAGCUCUCUGUUCUACAGCCUGACUGCCUCGCAAUGGCAAGACCUCCUCGUGAUUGUCUUCGUUGCUGAGGCAGAUUCAGACUAUGUGAGCCACAUUGCAGAGACCAUCAAGAAAAAUUUUCCUAAGGAGGUGCAGUACGGCUUGUUGGAGGUUGUCUCUCCUUCAGAGUAUUACUACCCUGACUUCAGUCGCCUCAAAGAGACCUUUGGAGACUCCACGGACAGAGUCAAAUGGCGAACAAAGCAGAUUCUGGACUUCAGCUUCCUUAUGCUCUAUGCUCAGGACAAAGGAACAUAUUAUGUUCAGUUAGAGGAUGAUGUUAUUGCAAGGGCGGGCUACUACAAUGACAUGAAGACCUUCACCACCCAGGAAGCCUCCAAGGAAUGGCUCUUCCUGGAGUUCUCUAAACUUGGAUUUAUAGGCAAGAUGUUUCGAACCCAUGACCUCCCAUUGAUUGUAGAGUUCUUCCUCAUGUUCCAAAGAGACAAACCCAUCGACUGGCUGCUAGAUCACAUUUUGUGGGUGAAAGUAUGCAACCCAGAAAAAGACGCACAAGACUGUAAUAGACAGAAGGCAUUGCUCAAGAAGAGGUACAAGCCCUCCCUCUUCCAGCAUGUAGGCCUGCACUCCUCUCUGCCUGGGAAAUUACAGCAUCUGAAGGAUAAAGACUUUGGGAAGGAGAUUCUGUACCAGGCCCACAAUAACCCGGCUGCAAAGCUGAGCAGCAGUCUGAAACAUUACCAGCAGCACAGUCUGGAGAGGGCAUACAAAGGAGAGGACUUCUUCUGGGCCUUAACACCCACCAAAGAUGACUACAUACUUUUCACCUUCCCACAGCCAAUUUACAUGUCUGGGUACCUGUUUCGCAGUGGAAAUAUCAAGACAAGUGGGGAUAAAUUCUACAACACAACAGUAGAAGUGCUGCCCAGCGAUCUGUCAGCACAAGGCAAACUCCUGACUGGCUCGCCCUCUGCCUACAAACAAUCUGAUAAGGGCUUCAUCAUCGUUGGGGCAUUUGAGAAUGGAAUAGCUGAGCAUGACAUUGAAGAAGCACUGCAGCCGAUCUCUGCAGUGCGACUGGUGGUCCAGUCUGAUGCUGACGUCUGGGCUCUACUGAGUGAGAUACUCAUUAAAGUUUGAGGAGCACAGGGGACACACACACCUUCCAUCAACCACUAAAUGCUGCACCUGAACAAUCUGCUCCCCCUGCUGGACAAAGACUUUCAUGAGAGGAACUGUUUGUUUUUUUUGUUUUUUUUAAGUUUUACACGAUGUGCCUACACAUGACUGUGGGUGCAGUUUACUUUCAUUUCCAGUUAUUGCGUUAUGACGGUUGGAAGAGCUUUCACUUCUUGAACUGACCACAUUGCAAGCUCAGCACAUCCGUUCAGAAACACUCCACUCAUCAGAUCAUUAACAGAACUGUAGAGUUUCUUCAUGAGUAAUUUAUUACAUUGUACUUUGUUCUAACAGAUAAAUGAAUAAAAAUAUCCAGUACUGUCUUGUCUUUUGAGUAUAACUGGCAGGUUUUUGGGGUUUUUUUUAAACUUUUAUUUGCAUGAA